AUGAUUAACAGCUCAUUUUCUUCAUUCGGUGUGAUCUAUUCGUCGGAUGAUGAUGAAUGGACGCCGCGUGCUUUAGCAUCUUGUCAAACGUUAAAAUGGAUUAGCGGCUAUUUAUGUUUAGUAUUUGUUCUUGGUAUUGUUUUGAAUGGCAUUGUUCUAUACACAGUUCUCACAAAGCAAUUCGUUCAAGCACCAGUCAGCACAUUUAUAAUUGCAUUGUCCGUCGCGGAUUUGAGUCAUGCUGUCUUCGGUAUACCAUUACCUAUGACAUCGAACUUUGCUUGCCGAUGGCUGUAUGGGAAAUAUUUAUGUUAUUAUGAAGGCUUUCUUGCGUAUUUCGUUGGAAUGAUUGGAUUGUAUCUAUUGACUGCUUUAUCAUUGAAUAGAUAUUGGCUGAUUGUGACGCCAACGAAAUCGAAAAAUCCCAAUUAUCGCUCAAGUUACAGAUUAAUAGCUUUAGCAAUCACUGGAAGUUUCUUCUGGGCAAUCACUCCCAUCUUUGGUUGGAGUCAUUACACUCUUGAAGGUGUACUGACAUCCUGUUCAAUACGUUGGCAAGAUGGAACAUUGAAUGUUAUUAGUUAUAAUAUAAUGAUGUUUCUUUUUGGGUACAUUGUACCAUUAUGUAUUCUGCUUUACUGUAACAUCAAAAUCUAUCUUCAAAUACAUCUUGAAUCUCAACGAGAUUCAUUAUGCCAAACAUGUACAACAGUAAAUCGGAUUCAUCACAGAAAAGUCAUUGAAAAACACGUCGUCAGAUCGAUUUAUCUUAUUAUAAUUACAUUUACUACUGCAUGGACACCAUAUGCCAUUGUUGCUUUUAUUUCGUCAUUCUUUUCUCCGACGUUGAUUUCACCAUUGGGUGCCACUCUGCCAGCGAUCUUUGCCAAAUCAUCAAUUUAUUUCAAUCCGCUGACUCUUAUCAUAACCAACUCACGAUUUCGUAGAGCAUUUUUGAAUCAAAAGCGGCAGUCAUUCGCAACCAAUAAAUCUAGUCCGACGAACGAAAACCAGCAUCGUCUCAGUUCGCUAGUUCGAACAAAACUAUGA